CGGGAAUAAUCUCGAUUCAACAAUCGAUCGGGCAGUUUACACACUCGGGUAAAAGUAAAGCGCCCAUUGUGGACGUCCAAGCUGUCGUUCAUUUGUACGUCAAAUCGUUCCUGGCGGGGGCGAUUGGUAUGUGUCCUUCUCUCGUUAUUCUGUUCGAUAGACAAAUUUCUUCUACUCAAUUCGCAUUCUAGCCUCUCCUAUACAUUCUACGGGAAAUACGGCCAGGUCGCACCGGUUCUGCGAUAUCUCUGAACCAAAUCAAACCAAAAAUCGUCUUUCCAGUCCCACCCUUUCUUCCGGCCCCGGCCCUGUUCCCCACAUCUGUGCAUGGAUAGCGAGGUUAGGCGUCUACCAUUCCGAAGAACGCCAACCCGUGUUCACGAACUGAGUAUUUCGUCCGAGCAUAUGACUUCUUCCCCUGUUGCGAUUCCGCAAUCCAUGGCAGAGUCCAGUCCCACCUCACCAGUCAAACCUCUAGCGCAAUUUCCUCCUCUCUCCCCGACAGAAUCCCGCAGCCGGGCACCGGAGUUUUACGGAUUCGUCGCUUGGACUUCCACUUAUCUCCUAUUCUGUCUUUUUCUCCUCUGGGCACUUCUUCCAGACGAGUACAUACUCUGGCUCGGUGUCACUUGGUAUCCCAACCGCGAAUGGGCCCUCCUCCUUCCAUCGUAUUCGAUAGUGCUCGUUCUGCUUACAUACUUCAGUUACUUCGCUCUGGCACUUGCCGCUACUCCUGCCUUCUCGGACAUGAGCACGAUAACGGAUUCCAAGGCCCUUCUCCCCGACGGAAACGGCGCGACCGUGAACCCCUACCUCGCACAUGCGGAACCCAAUGCCAUUCCGGAGUUAUAUGAUAUACCUAUUGGGCUGGUGAACAGAGUCAUUUAUGGUCGUCGAAAGAAUAAUUCCCCAAUAACGGCAUAUCCCGAUCCCUCACAACCUCCGCGGUAACUCACUGCAAGAUGGUGGCGAGAUAACAACCGGCAUCUGGCUGUAAUUCCAGGAGAGCUUCUCAAGAGUUACCGAUGAUAGCAUUUGAUCCUUUCGGCCAUUGGUGUGUUUCUAUGACGUGCUGACUACUGUGUCCUAGCCCACUGAUCCAAGAUUUUGGUGACCUACUGCGUUCCGCUUGUUCCGCUCAAUUCAUUCGAUUAUCUGUCGUGGACAAGUUGCGCUAAGACGUCACAUUGGGGCUGUGAUAAAUCACGCAUGCUGGAGAGAUGGCGGGAGAGUGUAGGAUCAUUAUUUGCAACUAUCUACCAUAAUCACAGGUAACGGUAGCAUUACGGCAUCACAUGGAUCUUCAGUCUAUCUAACGUAUUGGCUAUGGAAACGACUAAUGUUACAACAGUGGAGAACGGCAUCAGCGAACUAUUCGUACAACGGCGAAGCAGUGGCAUGGUAUCAAGAAUGACAAAGGUCGGGAAUAUGUCGUUAGAAAGCAGAAAGCAAGAGAUAGCGUAAACCAAAAGCGGCAUCUUCAUAACGUACAGACAACACAGUCCCACAGGGAUGCAGGAAGAACCAGAAUGACCAAAAUCUAGAGUGUGGAAGACAAGAUGGCGGGUCCAGGAAGACCCCUCCACUACAACGGAAAUUUAUUAGACUGCGGCGUCACAAUUAGCACUAAACAAUGGGACUAACCUGUGAGGAAAGGUACGGGUUCAUUCCAAACCGCUCAUAGGAGUUUCGUUCUUCAUAUCUGUCAUCCCCGUCCCACUUUGGCGAAGAUGGGAGAACGGCAGGAAGGGGAACGGAUACGACUGCACACGCGGAUGCGUACUCAUCCUCGGAGUCCGACGUAGGAUCUUUAAGGUGGUCCACGUUAGUACGAGAAGAGAGAGACUGAGGGACCCAGCGCAAUUUCGACGGCAAUUUCCCGACCUGCGGGGCAUCCGAAACGAUGGGUUCGUCGAAACCGACGGUGAACUGGGUGGGGGGAGCGCUGUGCUCGGUAGUGGGAAAUAUUCCGUGGGUGCGGA